UUUGACGAAUCCAUGUUUGUUCGACUCCGAGAUAGUGGACGCGGCUUACAGUAUUAAAUGGACGAAGAGGUGGGGAGCCUGCUAGACUUUCCAUUGAGGAGUGGAACGAUGCGAAAUCCAACAAGUGGAUUGAUAAGCAGAGGAAAGAUUCUAUGGAUGAACUUGACAGGAUGAUAGUUGAUUCGUUAAAAGUCACAUAUUUAACUGGCAAGGGAAACAAUCAUUUAGUGCCGUUACUUAUACCUGAAGACACAACCGUAGCCAUCGACAUUUUGUGUGAUUUAGAAGUUAGAUGUGCUGUUGGGGUGAGAGGGGACAAUCCUUAUGUUUUCCCGUCAACCAGAUUAUCAGAAAACCAUGUUUCCGGCUGGCAUUCAAUGCAUAAUGUGUGUGACCGUUUGCCGUUAAAAGAGCCACAAAAUAUGAAGGCUACGACAAAUCGGCAUCGCGUAUCGACAUUAUUCGCUGCCCUGGAUCUUUCAAAAAACGACAGGGAAUACUUUUACAAACAUAUGGGUCAUUCUGCUCAAAUAAAUGAACAGAUAUAUCAGGCACCAUUGGCAUUAAUGGAAGUAACCAAGAUAGGAAAACCGCUUAUGGAAAUAGAUCAAGGAUCUACAAAACAAAAUGCUCGUGAUUCGAAAAGUACCUUCAAACCUACAGAUGAUGAUUGCAAAAAAACAGAAAAUGACUCAAAUAGUAUUGUUAAUCCGUCAUCAAAUUCCAAAAAACGCCUCAGGCUAACUGGUGAGUCUGUAAAGAAUUUUUGUGAGUCAGACAGUUAUGAUGAUGAAAAACAAACAGUCGAUUCCGUUGAAUGGUUGAAUAAGCGUAAACGUGUACAAAAACUACCCAAGAAAGGUUAUGGGACUUUAUCAUGGAGUGAUGACACUGAAAAUGAUUUCAUGAAGCGCUUUGGAGGAUUUGUUAAACGAGCCGAAGAAGAUCCAAUGCCAAGUCGUGCAGCGAUGAAACAAUUUCUUGCUGACCAUAAAUUAGACUUUGCAUUUACGAAAGUAAGAAACAAAAUUAACAACGAACGUGCGAAAUGGGAUAAAUUGGUGCAGCUUAAUAUGAAAAAACUAUCUAUUCCUGUGUAAUUUAAAAUCUUAUGGUAGUAGAUGAGUGUAUUUAUGAGGAACUCAAAGUUCGGUGUAGCCCUAUGUUACGUCCCUCAAGUUGCUUUUUCGUUUGCUUUCGUUUGUGGAGAUUACUUGCUCAAAACUAAGGCUUAAACCGUGCAGUGCAUUUUAUAGUUUCUUAAUAAACUAUGCUUAAUUAAGAGUUGAGUGCCUUUUUUUGGCGCUCAGCCCUUAUUGAUUGCAUAUAACAUACAAGCUCCUAGCAACUUGGUUAUUUAUAAACAAAAAAAUUUUUGUUAAAAGUCGUGAUACAAAUCCAUUAUUUUUACGGCUUGUUAUGUAUUGUGCAUUGGCUCGUAUCUUUUAUAUCUUCGUCAUUUUCAAUGAGCCAAAUACAACACAAGUUUUACGAUGGUUUAGAUUUUAGUAAUAAAGGUUUAAGUUACAUAUGUUUUUUCUUUUUCUUGCAAACAAUCAAACGCGGCCUUUUCAUGGAUAUCAUAAAGUGGAAAUUAUAAAAACGAAAGAAGAGAAAAAGCAGGCUGGGGACCGUGUCGACAAAAGAUUCUUGGAGAUCUAUGCCUUAUUUUCGCGUAAAUUUUCUCAUAUAUUCAACAAUAGCAUUAGUUUUGCUAUAUUAAGCCAUUAAGAUGCCCUUGAUUCGUUGUUGGCAACCACGUGACCAACGCUGAAGAAGACAAGUUGGAACAAAAUAUCUUCUUUUAAAAAUAUUAAACAUUUUCGUUCUGCAUUAGGAGGCCGAAUAAAAAAGGACUAGUUCUACAGUUCAACAUGCGUACUAUAGAUUAUCAAUUAUCCGCCCACAAAAGAGCACCCAGUGAAAGAGUUCAAAAAUUUAAACGCCCAGACCACUUAUCGAUAAUUCACGAUAUAAGACAUAAAGAGAUUGAAUUGGCGCGACAUGGAACAACUUCUUGGAAAGAGUCGAGAAUAGAGUGAAAAAAGUCGAUCUAAUUCCCUAAAUAUAAGAUUGCGAACUUUUAGCCCCAUUCCCUUUUUCUUAAUUUGAGAACCAUGUUGCAGUGCCUCCGUUGUAAGCGAGGUUCACACAAAGACUCCUACCAGUAGCGUACAAUGUAUUUUAAGACCAGUUUAUUAUUUUUAUUUUCACGCACUUCAUCCAAAUUGCCAUUGGACUUCUUGGAAAGAUUAUACUUUGCCGUCAUCAUGUGGCAACUGAAGUCGUAUUAGCACGCAGCUUCCAAGCACGAACGCUGUUAAUAAUGGAAAUAUCGCCCAUUAAAAUGACAUUGCAAAACAUAUCUGUGUAUAAAAUUUAUUUGUUCUACUUGUUUUCAGACUGUUGGUAGUUGCUAUGUAGAGGUUCUAUCCUCUAUACCCUUUGUAUUUUUAUAAAAUCAAUUAAAAUAUCUAAAAGACAGAAAAUUAUUCUUUCAUUUUAUCCGUGUAUACCGUACUUUAUAUUGUUUCUUAUACGAUCAAAGGU